UUCAGUGUGCGAAUUAAUGUCUGUUCCUACUUAGACCUGACGGUGGUUGCAGCGAGAAAAUGUCUGCAAGGACCACAGCAAAGUACGUGGAGGAAAAGGACCGCAGUCGUCGACGACUGGAAGCUCUUUGGCUCCAGCCUCAUGUUGUGUUGGGAGGAGCAGACAUCGGUGAAGCUAUUCGUCCUAAGCAGCAGGAGCCAGAGCGCACUCGCAUUAAAGAAGAAGCAGACGUUUCUUUGCUCCAUAAAAGAGGAGGAAGAGUGGCCUUGUAUUAAAGAGGAGGUAGAAGACUCCUGUGACAUUAAAAACGAGGAAGAGGAUGAUACCUGCAAGAUGCCUUUGACUGGUGUUCCUGUGAAGAGUUUAGAUGAAGGUCAACAUGAGAUGAGCAAAGGGGCGGACCCUCCAAGCUGCAGCUCAAGUCAACAAAUGACCAGAGAAGGUGAUGGAGACCACUGUGGGGGGUCACAAGCAGCUUCAACAUCAGAUAGUGAUGACUUGUCGUCACUUGCUCCUGCUGCUGCUGAUGAGUCUCAAAACAAACACAACCAAUGUUCUCAGUGUGGGAAAUAUUUUGCUAAUUACAGUGUUUUGAAACGACACAUGAGAAUGCACACAAAAAAGAAAAGCUUUUCCUGCUCAGUUUGUGGCCAAGAAUUCUCUCAGAGAGGACAUUUAAAUGCGCACACAAUAAUCCACACUGGUGAGAAACCUUUUUCGUGCUCAGUUUGUGGCAAAGAUUUCUGUUCUAAGGCAGUUUUAAAAACGCACGCAAAAAUCCACACUGGCGAGAAACCUUUUUCAUGCUCUGUUUGUGGCCAAACAUUCUCUCGUGGGGCAGAAUUAAAACUUCACGCAAGAAUGCACACUGGCGAGAAACCUUUUUUAUGCUCAGUUUGUGGCCAAAGAUUCGUUCGUAAGGAUUUUCUAAAACUUCAUACAAGAACCCACACUGGUGAGAAACCUUUUUCAUGCUCUGUUUGUGGCCAAAGAUUUGCUCGUAAGGAAGUUUUAAAAAGUCACGCAAGAAUCCACACUGGCGAGAAACCUUUUUCAUGCUCAGAUUGUGGCCAAACAUUCUCUCAUCGUGGACAUCUAACACGUCAUAUAAGAGGCCACACUGGCGAGAAACCUUUUUCUUGCUCAGUUUGUGGCCAAACUUUCUCUCAGAAGAGAUUUUUAGAAAGGCACACAAGAACUCACACUGGUGAGAAACCUUUUUUCUGCUCAGAUUGUGGCCAAAGAUUCCGUCGUGAGGGACAUCUAACACUUCAUAGAAGAAUCCACACUGGUGAGAAACCUUUUUCAUGCUCAGUUUGUGGCCAAAAAUUCUCUCAGAGGGCACAUUUAUGUUCACACACAAGAAUCCACACUGGUGAAAAACCUUUUUCAUGCUCAGUUUGUGGCCAAAGAUUUUCAACAAAGAGAAGUCUAACACUUCAUACAAUAACCCAUACUGGUGAGAAACCUUAUUCUUGCUCAGUUUGUGGCCAAAGAUUCAGUCGUAAGCAACCUUUAACAGUUCAUACAAGAAUCCACACUGGUGAGAAACCUUUUUCCUGCUCAGUUUGUGGCCAAAAAUUCUCAAGAAGGGAACAGUUCAAAACGCACUCAAGAAUCCACACAGGUGAGAAACCUUUUUCCUGCUCAGUUUGUGGCCAGAAAUUCGGAUGUAAGGCAACCUUAAAAAGACAUACGAGAAUCCACACUGGCGAGAACGCUGUUGCCUGCUCAGUCACUUGCCAAAGAGUCUCUAUUGAGAAUUCCGAGUGUGUUGGGGAGACGGGCAAUGAUCCCAGCGAGCGAAAGAUGAAGGCGGGACUUUACGAAUUUCCCGUUCACGAACGAGGCGAGAGACAAUUCACUCUGAAAUCAUUGAGUAAAAUAUUUUCCCAACCAACCGUACUAAAGUUUUCCUUUCCCGAGCCAGGCACUUUUCCACCGUUUGCCGUUGAAGACCAGCUGAUCAUCAAAGAGACUUCACCACAACAUCAUCAUUACGGAACCGAGUUUGGUUUAAGCACAGUAACAGAGAGUGUGAAAAUGUUUGCAAGGACCACAGCAAAGGACGUGGAGGAAAAGGACCCUAGUCGUCGACGCCUGGAAGCUCUUUGGCUCCAGCCUUACGUUUUGUUGCGCAGAAUAGACAUCGGUGAAGCUAUUCGUCCUAAGCAGCAGGAGCCAGAGCGCACUCGCAUUAAAGAAGAAGAUGUGGGCAAAGAGGUCCAUCACUUGAAUGAACAAAUGGAGCAGACGUUUCUUUGCUCCAUGAAAGAGGAGGAAGAGUGGCCUUGUAUUAAAGAGGAGGGAGAAGACUCGUAUGACAUUAAAAAGGAGGAAGAAGAAGAGGAGAUCUGCAAGGUGCCAUUGACUGGUGUUCCUGUGAAGAGUUUAGAUGAAGGUCAACAUGAGGUGAGUAAAGGGGCGGACCCUCCAAUCUGCAGGUCAAGUCAACAAAUGACCAGAGAAGGUGAUGGAGACCACUGUGGGGGGUCACAAGCAGCUUCACCAUCAGAUAGUGAUGACUUGUCAUCACUUGCUCCUGCUGCUGCUGAUGAGUCUCAAAACAAACACAACCAAUGUUCUCAGUGUGGGAAAUAUUUUGCUAAUUACAGUGAUUUGAAACGACACAUGAGAAUGCACACAAAAAAGAAAAACUUUUCCUGCUCAGUUUGUGGCCAAGAAUUCUCUCGGAGGGGACAUUUAAAUGAGCACACAAAAAUCCACACUGGCGAGAAACCGUUUUCGUGCUCAGUUUGUGGCAAAACAUUUAGUCGUAAUUCAGUUUUAAAAUAUCACACAACAAUCCACACUGGCGAGAGAGCUUUUUCAUGCUCUGUUUGUGGCCAAACAUUCUCUCGUAAGGCAGUUUUAGAAAUUCACACAAGAAUCCACACCGGCGAGAAACCUUUUUCAUGCUCAGUUUGUGGCCAAACAUUCUCUUGUAAGGCAGUUUUAAAAAUUCACACAAGAAUCCACACUGGCGAGAAACCUUUUUCAUGCUCAGUUUGUGGCAAAACUUUCUCUCAGAGGAGACUUUUAAAAAGGCACAUAAGUACUCACACAGAUGAGAAACCUUUUUCCUGCUCAGAUUGUGGCAAAAGUUUCCGUCAGAAGGAAAAGCUAACACUCCAUACAAGAAUCCACACUGGUGAGAAACCUUUUUCAUGCUCAGUUUGUGGCAAAAAAUGCUCUCAAAGGAGAUAUUUAAAUACGCACACAAGAAUCCACACUGGUGAGAAGUUUUCCUGCUCAGUUUGUGGCCAAAGAUUUUCAACGAAGAUAUCUUUAACAUACCACUCAAGAACUCACACUGGUGAGAAACCUUUUUGCUGCUCAGUUUGUGACCAAAGAUUCGGUCGUAAGGAUAUUCUAAUAGUUCAUACAAGAACCCACACUGUUGAGAAACCUUUUUCCUGCUCAGUUUGUGGCCAAAAAUUUGGUUGUAAGAGAACCUUAAAAAGACAGACGAGAAUCCACACUGGCGAGAACGCUGUUGCCUGCUCAGUCACUUGCCAAAGAGUCUCUAUUGAGAAUUCCGAGUGUGUUGGGGAGAUGGGAAAUGAUCCGUGAAGUUUUCACCUUCUAUUUAAGCAGACUUCAUGAGUUUUUGUAUCAAUGAUAAUUCUAUUCCAUAUGCAUAUUUGAUUGGGAUGCUGAACUCUUUACCACAGUUUGUAUUUUGGUCGUGAUGAAUUUGAAAUAAUAGUUAACCGCCCUCGGGAUGAUAAUAGUUUUGUAUUUGUCAUUAUACAC